CGUAUUCUCCCCAUGACACAAAUGCACAUCUAUGUGCUUGUGCAACAUGUCCUGCUGCCAUCCAUAUUCAGUCUUUAUCUCGUCGCCCCGUGUUCCAUACGGCAAUCAUCUACCACACUUGGCAACGGGUCGUGUUCUUGUUUUGACUCAACCCUGACCCUGGUACCUUCUCCCGACAGGUCCGGAGUUUGGUUCCGACCUACACACGUUCACCCAGCGUUACAGAUGACAUGUUGUGUCCAUAUCGGAUCCAUCGAAGACAUCUAG